AUGUCUCUACGGGAACAGUGGUGUCACCUCGUGGAGGAGGUGGCUGGCAUCAACAGCACCGAUCCAUUGCCACGAGAGUACACUCCCGUGGAGUACCUUCCGGGCGGACGCGAUAUAUCAGAGGCGGUGCUGCAGCACAUCCGCGCUGCUGCUGCUGAAUUUGAUGCGGAGUCGCGUGCGCUCUUCCACCCUCAAAUGACACCCGAAGAGGGGUAUCAUGCGGCCCCGGUUGUGGCUUGGCAGGGCACAUUUUCCUC